AUGGAAACUGUCGCAGCGAUUCCACUGGCUUGUGCCAAUUGGACACCCGACGGCAACACCUGUGUGAACAACGGCAAGCUUGCCUGUGGAGGUUGUAGACUGCUCGCAUACUGUGGGAAAGCUUGCCAGAAGAACCAUUGGCCGGAACACAAGAAGGUCUGCAAAUCAUCGCUCAACAGGCCCGGUUGGCGCCCGCGAUGGGAACUCGACGGACGCGAGGCUGCGUUUGCUAGCGGUGAUGCUUCGAGGAACCUCCACAAUCCUUACGGAGGCGGCAAAUAUCUGUGGGGAAACGUACCGGCUAUUGACAUCCUACGACUCGAACAAAAUGAGGGCCAUAACUACAAUAAAGACCUUGCACUAUUGUUCGCCGCAUCGGGGGACCUACGAAAUGUGGUGAAAACGAUUGGGAGUCUACCGAAUCAAUAUCCUGGCCGAGUUCAAGUUUGCAUCAACGAUCGAGAACUGCAUGUCGUUAUGCGUAACGCUACCCUGCUUCUCCUCGCCCUGACAAGUCAAGACUCAAGGUCUACUGGCAGUGCGGCCGAGCCGUGCGCUUUGACAGAAACCCUGAUUCAUGUUUGGUACUCGGCGUUGCUGCCUCCAAAAGUCUCAUCAGAGUUGCAAAUCCGAGUCAAACCACUAAUCGAUGAGGUCUGCCGUGGGAUUGCUCACAAACCGGCAGAUAGCCUCCUGGGGAAGACCUGGAGAUUUCCGUCCGGAAGUAGUCUGCGGCUUGUUCUAAAGAAAGAGGACUGGCUUCUGUUCCAAAGCUUCGUUGACAUGCCGAAAGGACUGACUGAGGACCAGGCGCGGAAAAUCCGUGUUGCGGUUACUCUUGCUCCCGAGCGAGCUGAUUAUCGAGAUCGCUGGUAUUUCAAGGAUGAGACGCCGUCUAUGCGAAUUGCUAAGCAACGGUUCCGAGAAGAUGGUCUCCUGCUACCCUUUGGGCAUCCGCGUCAUGAAUUCAGGAUCCCCAACCCGAUGUUCUUUCAAUCGUCCCAGGGCUGGCCCAUGGAUGAUCAAGCGAACCCUUUAUCGGGAUGGCCAGUUUGGGAACUGCGCCGGACGUCCUGGACGGCCUCGCAAGAUGCGUACGGAAAGCUGUUUGUUUACCUUGGCGUGGUCUUAGGAAAAUUUUUGCUUUUUCUCGACGCUGGCACAACUGAUUUUGAACUUUACAUUUGUGACGUGACAGCACUUCCGCAUCAUCUGGGUCUAAACCGAUACGAUAGGAUAGAGGUGGCCAACAUCUCCGAUGCAGGAUAUGUCGGAACCCGAGGAGUGCUCGCGACUCUGGUGCCACUACUCCGGUCACUCAAGCAGAAUCCACAUGCAGUGUUGAUCACACUCUACUUGAACGCAGUCAUGGAAGUCAUCAAAACAGGACCCAAAAAGGACCAGGUACCAGACGUGGGGCUUCUCACUCAAUAUCUACCAGGCCUUCGACUUUUUCCACCUCCUACGAACAACAGCGCCGAAAUGUUACGCCUCUGGGAUGCUCGUACUUUGGCACUCGAUGUGGAUAAAUUCUUUGAAAGAUAUAUGAAUAUCCAUCAAUUCCGGGAGAUGGAGAUCUCACGCGACCUGGAGGUGGAGAUGAAAGCCAACACUGUGACCGAAUCAUGGCCGACCCAGUUGAAGCUGCAACCAGGUCAAGAUGGUGCUCAAGAAGAGUUCGAUGUUCUGUUGGGAUCCAGUUUAACCGGGCUUGAGCACUAUGUCGAAUGGAAAAGGGCGAGAUAA